CUAACGGUUAUCAUUUACUGACCCCAACGCAAUCCCUCUGGCAAUUCUCUCAUCUCUCUCUCUCUCUCUCGCAUUCAUCUUCUUAAUAAAACCCUAAUUUCUUCAUCAAAUCUCUCAUUCUUCUUCCUACUUUCUCAUCAUCAAUGGCGACUCUCACUGCAGGAAUCCUGCUAAAGCUCCUCCAGUCCAUGAACUCCAACACCAGAGUCACCGGCGACCACCGCUCCCCUCUCCUCCAACUAAUCGGCAUCGUCCCUGCUCUCGCCGGCUCCGAUCUCUGGCCCAACCACGGCUUCUACGUCCAACUCUCCGAUUCCCUCAACUCCACCUACGUCUCUCUCUCCGACCGCGACACCGAUCUCAUCCUCACCAACCGCCUCCAGCUCGGCCAGUUCCUCUACGUCGAUCGUUUCGACUUCGACUCUCCCGUCCCUCGCGCCUCCGGCCUCCGCCCCAUCGCUGGCCGCCACUCCUUCGUCGGAACUCCCGAGCCUCUCAUCGCUCGAAUCUCUGCCUCCAAACGCGAGUUCGUGAUCCAGCCUGUGUCAGACUCAGAUCCAUCAACCGAUCCAAUCGCGGCCUUGUUUACGAAUAAGAAACUUCACGAAUCGAAAAUUGAUGGUAAGGAAUCGAAAUUUGAGGUUAUGAAUGGAAAGUAUAGUGCCAGGAGAGUUCUGGCACCAAGAGAUAAUGUAUCGUUGGAGAAAAAUGAGGAAUCGAAGGUCUCUGAUAGGCCUCAGAGGUUUUCUUCUCCUGCUGCUGGGAAGCAACAACGAUCGGUAUCGGUUGGGAAGAAGAAUUCGGCUGUUGUGGAGAGAGAUCCGUCUCCGGCGGGGAAAGUGAAGAGGUCGGCGUCUCCGGUGCCGUCCAAAUGUGUGGUUCCAAGCUUGGCUGUAGCUCGUGAGGAGAAUCGGAGGACUUCGAAGGAGCCGGCGAUUAUUGUGCCGUCAAGGUAUCGACAGCCAUCGCCGAAUGGGCGGAGGCAGGCAUCUCCGAAUGCGAGGAGGUUGUCGGUUUCUCCGGGGAGGAGAUUGUCUAGCGGAGUUAAGGUUUCACCUGUUGUUGGGGCGGUGGAUUCGGCUAGCAAGAAAAAAAUGGCGACUAUUGCUGCUGGGAUAUCGAAGGUUUCAGAGGCACUUGUUGGGUCGGCAAAGGCAAGUAGGAAGAGCUGGGAUGAACCAGGGGCAACCGCGGAAGCGGUGGUGGAGCAGAAAGAGAAGAGUUCAACGAAAAAUAAGCUGGAUUUGCAAGCAAUUUUGCGAACUCAGGCUGCUAUUUCUAGGCGUCUAAGUGAUGUGGAUAGUCAAAAACCCAAUAGAGAUGAUUCUGAAACCCGAGAGAAAGCAAAAUCUAGCUUGACUGAAGGUGGUUUGGUGACUGAGAAGCCAAUAUGUGCGGCUUCUGGAAUCACUAUUCAUGAAAAGAAAUGGACAGAUGGCAGUAUUCCAUUGGAUGCAGUCUCUGCAACCCUUGCAAAGCUAGGAAAGGAAGCUAUGCAGAGGAAGGCUCUUGCUUCUACAGCUGCAGCUGAAGCUUUGGAAGAGGCCAUUGUCACCGAGUCUAUUGUAAGGAGCUUAAGCAUUUUUUCAGAUCUUUGUUCUACAUCAAAGGCAGGAAAUCCUUUACCCACCAUUGACCGCUUCAUGUCAAUCUAUGAUGAAGUCGUAAAAUCAACAUCAACUGCUGAAUCAAUUGCAAUUAACCGAAGUUCUGUCCCUCAUCAUACUGACAAUAUCCUGACAGAGCAUUCAAAAUCCGUUUCUCUUUGGGUAGAAGCAGCUCUGGCCACAGAUCUUGAAAUUGUCUCUCUCCUAACCGACCAAAAAAUUGAGUCUCCUCGGCCAACACUGCAGAAAAGUUCAUCAAAACGGCACUCUCUCAAUGCACCUUCUAAAAACCAGACGAAUACAAUUGCUCCAUCACUCCCCUCAGAUGCUACUGGCAAAGGAUGGAUAAGGGGCCAUGGAAUGAAUGAAACUGUGGAACUUGGAAUGAAUUUGCAAUCAGAGAUGCAAAUGUGGUUUGUACGGUUUGUUGAGGAAUCCUUGGAUGCUGGUUUCCGAGUGUUUGGGAAGUGUAAUUCUGAUGGUGGACUCGACUGUGGCCCAAUUGCUGCAGUGCUAUCACAGCUAAAGCGAGUCAACGACUGGUUGGAUCGCAUGGUGUCAAAACAGAAUGAACUCCUGACAAGAAAGGUUGAGCAGCUGAAGCGGAAGAUCUAUGGAUUUGUCAUUCAUCACAUGGGGACGACUGUAAAUACCAUGCCUGUUUCUUCAUCUUGAUUUGCUUUGCAUCAAAUAUUUGGUCAAUUAAUGAUUAUUUAUUUGAUCAUUGUCAGCACUGCAAGUUUUCUUUGAACAUAAAAUUUUGCUUCACAUGUUCCUUUUGGCAAUUUUUAUGGUAUUACAUCAAUAUCAU